AUGUCUUCAUCAACCACCACAACACCCCUUCUCCUCCUCUUCCUCAUCUCACUCUCCGUCGUCGCCACCGCCAAACCAACCGCCUACGAAGUCUUAGAGAGCUACGACUUCCCGGUCGGUCUACUCCCUAAUGGAGUAACCGGCUACGAGCUCAACCCCGAAACGGGGGAGUUCAAGGCCUAUUUGCCUCAAACAUGUAAGUUCACCAUUGAAGGAUAUGAUCUCGAAUACAAAUCAACCAUCACCGGGGUUAUCUCGAAAGACCGUCUUACACACCUCAAGGGUAUUAGUGUUAAGGUGUUGCUUCUAUGGCUGAGUAUCGUCGAAGUCGAUAAGAAAAACGGUGAGCUUCAGUUCUCCGUCGGUAUCGCCUCCGCGAACUUCCCCCUCGAAGGUUUCGAGGAGUCGCCGUCUUGCGGAUGUGGGUUUGAUUGUGAUGAUGCUAAUCUUGCUGUUUUGUAG